GCAAAUAAUCCUUUAGUUUACAGUUGACAAUCAAUCUCUCUUAGCUGUUUUCCCAGUUUCUUCAGUGAAUAUAUACGAUGGCCGGAGCCUUCCUUCCGUCGGCGGAGUUGACGGCCAGCGGCCGCCCCGUCUUGAAAGCCGAUGAAGUAGAGUGCUCCCUCCUCUCCGCCGUUGACCUCCUCUCCGAUGACACGCCCACCUUCCCUCACCUCAAGUCCGGCGUCGUCAUCCUCACCACCCUCCGCCUCCUCUGGAUCCCGCCGGAAAACACUUCCUACGCAAGCACUUGUUGCUUCAUCCCUCUUUCCGCAGUCCAAAACAUACUCUCCGCCAAGAAAUCGAUAAAAUCCAUGUUCCAAAGCCCCAGGAUUCGCUUCCAGGUGGCCGCGACGCCGGAGGGGGGCGUGUCGGAGAAGGGCGGCUCGAGGUCUUUGGUUAUCACCUUGGUAGUGAGAGGGAAGACCGAUCCCGAUUCGUUUUUGGGGAAAUUUUGGGAUGCUUGGAGAGGAAGGGCCUGGGAGGCCAGCGGGUCGGCCUUGAGAGAAGGCGAAGGAUCGAGCUCGGGGUCGCUGGCGGUGCGAAUGCCGGUGGUGGGGCUGGCGGGGAUACUGAGGAAGGAGCAGGAGAUGUGGGAGAGUACUGAUAAGAGCUUGCAGGAUGCUUUUCAGGAUUUGAAUGCUCUCAUGAGCAAAGCAAAAGAGAUGGUUAUGCUAGCUGAGAAAAUGAGAUUAAAGCUUCUCUCCGGCUCAAAUAAUCAAACUAGUGGGGCUGAGGAUGAGGAGAUGGGUACUAAGGAGAUGCAAGAUUGGUUGUUGAGUGUUGGUAUAGUAUCUCCUGUUACAAAGGAGUCUGCCGGUGCUUUAUAUCAUCAACAACUAUCUCGUCAGUUGGCAGAUUUCAUCAAGAUACCGUUAGAGAGAGCUGGAGGAAUGAUUAAUCUGAUAGAUGUCUAUUGCCUGUUCAAUCGAGCCCGAGGCACAGAGUUGAUCUCUCCUGAUGAUCUACUGCAAGCAUGUUCUCUCUGGGAAAAGUUUGAUGUGCCAGUUAUGCUUCGUAAAUUUGACAGUGGUGUCAUGGUGAUCCAGAGUAAAACUCACAGUGACGAAGAAGUAUUUGCCAGGAUUGCGUCAUUGAUUAUGAAGCCAGAGGCCUUAGCAAAUGGGAUCAGUGCUGGUGAUGCUGCAAGGACACUGGGGGUUGCUCCAGCUGUGGCUAAGGAAUAUCUUCUUGCUGCUGAAGGAAAAGGAUUGCUUUGUAGAGAUGUCAGUCCCGAUGGCUUUCGCUUUUACAUCAAUUUGUUUCCAGAACUUAAUCAAGAAGAUAUAUACCUGGUUAAAGAUCACAGUAGAUAUAGCACAUGGACUAGGGCAGUUUUAUCCAGGUCAACAUCACUCCUGCAGUAAUGUUUUCUUCCCGUGAGAGGAUGGCAAAACAUUUUCCAUGGGACAGUGGUGGUCGACGAAGCAGUUGAUGAAAUUGUGCUGGUGAUCUCCCUUCAUUCAAGAGAGACGAACUCGACAGCAUCAGACACCAUGAAAGUGGGAGCUAUGCUGGUAUGUAUGAUCUGAGGGUGCAGUUGAAUAUUCUGAGACCCCAAACCCUGAAAUAUUCAAAUCUAAUCACAUUUGUCCGUUCUGAUCCUAGUUUAACUCCUAUGCAACUGAAAUGAAAGGUAAAGGGUGUUUGAAGCUCUUUCAUAUGCACUCGAUAAAUUUUCGAGUUUCGCGUCUCUUUUUUGAAUUUUGGUUGCUAUUCAUCAAGAACUAAACAUUUGGUGAAAAACAUGGGGCCUAAUUAGCCUCAGGAUUGAUAGUUUGUACAGAUUUGUAUUGAUGAUUGUAUGUAACAAUAUAUUUUUCUCAAGAUCUGCUCAAUAUAUUUUUGGUUGCUUG